AUGCCUCCGCCAGCUAACAACGGAGAGUCGAAUUCAACUUCGAGUUCAAAUCCCUAUCGCAGAUCAGGCGGAGGACACGGUUUCAAGAAAUUCGACAGUUUAGACUCACUAGGUAGACUUGAAAGAACCAGUGUUCGUCGUCAGCUGGAACCUGAACAGGAUGAAAUUUCGAAUCCGUCCUCAUCAUUCGACAGCAAGAGUUCGAGUCACUAUUUCGGUAUGAGCCUACGGCCGGGUUGUGUUCGAGGUUCAAGAUCAAGUUCGGACUGUGGACAAGAUCAGAGUCUGCAAUCGGAUUGUGAUCCAAGCCUGAGCUUGCUCACGGAUUGUGACCAAGGUCAGAACUUACUGGUGGAUUGCAGUCACACUUUGGAUAUAUGCUUGGACUAUGGUCAGAGUUUGAGUUUAAACUGGAGUUCAAGCGCAAAGCAGACUACUGCAGAACUUGAUGACACUGAUUCGGUAGUUGCAGCUGAGCGAAUGCGGGUUUCCAGGCAACUGGAACAUUUCACUGUAGGCUGGUUGGCCGAAACCCCUAAUCCUAUCCUAUUAUCUGACGCAAAAUCAGAUGUCCAGCAAAAUUUGUGCUCAGACACGAAAGCAGGUGCGGAUCAAGGCGUCAUGAAAUUUAAUUUGACUGAUGUGGCUUUUGGAUCUGAUACCACCUAUGUUACAGCCAGGACGGCAGUUUCUUUUACAAGCUUCGAUUUUUGUCCUAAUUACUGGGAUUUAAGAGGGUCAAAACCACGAAAAAUAUUACGAACCGGUCCGGGCUCUGUAUUUGAUCAGCUCACAGAACAGCAAUCACCUGCUACGAUGAAAGGUGUGCACCCGAUAAGUAACCUGUUCGAAGCUGCUGCUUCUCACACCGCGGCACUGCCACAGCAUAUUAAAUUGUUUCAGAGUUGCGCCACGGAGCUACAUGAAACCGAUCAUGUAAAACUGCCCCGAAGUGAUUUUCCAGCUAGAAAUUUUGCAUCGCUUUUUUCCACUCAGUCGGGGUCUAGAUCUGUUCCAGAUUCACCACGAAAUUCAGGCGGUGAUGAAUAUGGACUGGGUACACUUUUCUCACGAACAUCCGCCGAUGAUGAAUCUGGAUCAGAUCCAUUUUCCUCGCAAAGCUUUGCCGGAGAUAAAUCUGAAGCAGGGAUAAGCGCUCAGCAAAGCCUUAUCGAUGACAAAAUUGCAUCAAACUUACUUCUCGGUGGCUUAUCUGGCUGUAGUUUUCAGUCAAAGUUGCCCGGAAACAAAGUACUAGGAAAACUUGAACGCGAGCUUCUAAUUUCUCCAGGUUUGGAACACGUGGGAAUUUGUAGAACUGACUUAACUGGAUCACAGUGGUUUCAGAUCCGAAAUUCAACAGCUUCUCAACUGGUUUCUCCUCCAACCACAUUUUCGGGCAAUUUUACCGUGGAUGCAUCUCAGUUCUCGGACAGAGUCGGCCAUCGAGAGUCGACGUCAACAAGCAGCAAAGCGACUCGUUUUAAAGGGUUCUCUUGUGGAGUAUGCAGCCAGGAAUUCAAAUUCAAAAUCUUCGGCUACUUCAGAAAGCAUCUUGAGAGUCACAACAAGAGAAGAGAAUAUCGUUGUAACUGGUUUCUUUGUGGUAUUACAGUAGACAAUCGCCAUAUGCUUGAACGCCAUUACCUGGAGCACUUGCUGGAGCAAAACUUACACAGAUGUGCAGAAUGUGGCAGAAUUUUCGACUCCGCUCCUCUUUUAAAUGCACAUAUAAAUGCAGUGCAUCUGGCAAAAAAAGGUCAGUUUUGUUUACGAAAAUCUGAAGCGUUUUACAUUUUCCACAGCUUGUUGACAACAAUAAUAAUCUGCGGAAGGAACAGGAGGAAGAGUGGUACUUCUUUUCAAAAAAAUAUAUGUUACUCCUCCACUUACUAG